AUGUUCCCGACAAGAGUGAUGCUCAAGAAGGCGAUGAAGUUGAAGCCUCAGAAGGUCCAAGCAUCAGACUACAUCGGCCGCGGUGGUGCCGUCAGGACUGUCCCCCUCGUCCGCAUCCCGAGCGAAGCUCGCAUCUUCCCCUAUGGAGCAGCCGAUGUCAAGGAUGAGACCAAGGCGCUCCUUCGCUUUCCCAAGGGUGGUAUGGUGGUGAAUGACGGUGGUAGCGAGGGAUGGGCCAUUGUUGGUGAUGCCGAGGGAAGGAAGCUUGCCGUUGAGACUAUUCUUGGUCGCCAUCGUAUCACCCCCAGCACGCCUCCUCCAGGCCCACUUCCCGUCGCCCAACAAGAAGCCCCCAUGAGGUCGAUUGAUCCGGAAACCUGGAAACCCGUUGUGUAUCUGGCCUUUGCCAAGCCGUCAGCGACCGGCGAGUUCAUCGACUACACGGCGCGCUACGGUCACUUGGAGGAAGGCGACAGCAAUACUUUGCGACACACCUUGAUGUCGGCCUACCCACCUAGCGAGGCAGCAGGAAACAACGUCUUCCGCGCUCUCAAUAAGAUGAACCUCUCCCACCUUAUCGACAUUCCCGCCGUCGCGCUGAGCAGUGGCCAGACGCGUCGCGCGCGUAUCGCAGAGGCCCUCGUGGCCAUGCCCAGCAUGAUCGUGCUCGAGGACCCCAUGGCUGGCCUGGACCCCGCAAGCCGCGAGCUUGUGACCGACACUCUCGGCGAUGUCAAUGCCACUCAGGACGAGGCCCGCAUCGUUCUCGUCCUCCGUGACAAGGGCGAUGAGACCCUCAAUGCCGAGUGGAUUACACAUGUGUGCGAGGUCAAUGACGGAACCGUGUGGGUUGGUACUAGGAAUGAGUGGCUCGACCGCAAGUCCCGCCAGCCUAUAAAUCACGACGACAAGAGGCCAGAGGGCAACACAUCGACGAAUGCAGCGCCCAUCGUGCGUCUCCAGAACGUCUCGGUGGCGUACGGCGAAGGGGAGCGUCCGAUCAUCAAGAAUGUCGACUGGACGAUUCGUCCCGGAGACCGCUGGCACCUCCAGGGAUCUAACGGCUCCGGCAAGACUACCCUCCUGUCGGUCCUCCUCGGCCACCACCCGCAGUCGUACUCGCUCCCCGUCUCGGCUCUCAACCUCUUCUCGCAGCCCCGUCGCACGAUCGCGACCCCGGUCCUGAGGCAGCUCAUGGGCCACCUCUCGCCGGAGAUCUUUGCCGCCUUCCCGCGUAACAUGGGUCUCUCGGCCGCCCAGGCCAUCGGCUCGGGCUACGAGGGUGUUUUCUCGCGCCGCAACCUCGCCCCAGAGCAAAAGGAGCGUAUCCUGUACCUCAUUGGCUACUUUUCCGAGUUCCUCUCGUCGUCCAAGCAGCACAUCACCGACGAGGCAGCGCUCAAGGAGCUCGCCAACAGGGAGUUUGCACACUACACCAAGCCCCAGCAGGCUCUGCUGAUCUUCCUCCGCGCGGUCGUCGCGCGCAACCCCUUCCUGGUUCUCGAUGAGCCCACCCAGGGCAUGGACGAGAACAUUUGGAAGAAGUGCACCGAGUUCCUGUCCGAGGAGUGGUCGCAGAUGCGUGCCGAGGGCAAGGAGCAGGCCGUGGUGUGCGUGAGCCACUACGAGGACGAGGUGCCAUGGAAGCACGGCAAGGUUAUCCGCCUCACCGACGGUGUUUCCGAGGUGAUCGAGUAA